UCUUUUUCUCUUUCUUUGCGCACGGUUCAGUGGUAGGAAAAUUAGGAGGAAUCGUUCAGUAAAGUCCCGAGAUCCGUUCGCUAUUGCCCGACUCGAAUAAAAUCCAUAUACACAUAUAUCAAAUAAACAAAGGAAAGGAGUCCUCAGAGAAGAGAAUAACGUGUUAAAAGUAGCAAAAACAACUAAAAAAAAGUGUGCACUAAGUAAAGAAAGCAGAGACCCAAGGAAAGUUGAAAGUUGAAAACCAGAAUCUCGACGAGAACAAAAUAAAAAGUUUCCAAAAACCCACACAUCACACACGCACGCAGCAAAAUGAGUGUCUGUGAGAGCAAAGCCGUUGUGCAACAGCAACUGCAGCAGCACUUGCAGCAACAGGCAGCCGCAGCAGUUGUUGCGGUCGCGCAACAGCAGCAGGCUCAAGCCCAAGCUCAAGCCCAGGCUCAGGCCCAGGCUCAGGCACAGCAGCAGCAACAGGCGCCGCAGGUGGUGGUCCCCAUGACCCCGCAGCACUUGACCCCGCAGCAGCAGCAGCAGAGCACACAGAGCAUCGCCGACUAUCUGGCCCAGUUGCUCAAGGACCGCAAGCAGCUGGCCGCCUUCCCCAACGUCUUCACCCACGUCGAACGCCUGCUGGACGAAGAAAUUGCACGCGUGCGCGCCUCACUGUUCCAGAUCAAUGGGGUCAAGAAGGAGCCGCUCACUCUGCCCGAACCCGAGGGCUCUGUGGUGACGAUGAACGAGAAGGUUUAUGUGCCAGUCCGCGAGCAUCCAGAUUUCAACUUUGUCGGUCGCAUUUUGGGACCCCGUGGCAUGACCGCCAAACAAUUGGAACAGGAAACCGGCUGCAAGAUCAUGGUCCGAGGCAAGGGUUCCAUGCGCGACAAGAAGAAGGAGGACGCCAACCGUGGCAAGCCCAACUGGGAGCAUCUGUCCGAUGACCUGCAUGUCCUGAUAACCGUCGAGGACACCGAGAACCGUGCCACAGUGAAGUUGGCCCAGGCCGUGGCCGAAGUACAGAAGUUGCUCGUGCCGCAAGCCGAAGGCGAAGAUGAACUAAAGAAACGUCAACUCAUGGAAUUGGCGAUUAUUAAUGGCACUUAUAGGGACACAACAGCGAAAUCUGUCGCAGCUUUCUCAUGCGUUGGCUCUGCUUCUUAUCUGUAUCCCGCAGUGUGCGAUGAGGAGUGGCGCCGCCUGGUUGCCGCCUCUGAUAGCCGCCUGCUGACGUCCACCGGCCUGCCCGGCCUUGCCGCCCAGAUCCGUGCCCCCGCCGCCGCCCCGCUGGGCGCCCCAUUGAUCCUGAAUCCCCGGAUGACCGUCCCCACAACGGCGGCCAGCAUAUUGUCCGCCCAGGCCGCUCCGACAGCCGCCUUCGACCAGUCCGGCCAUGGAAUGAUCUUCGCACCGUACGAUUAUGCGAACUACGCCGCCCUCGCCGGCAAUCCUCUGCUCACGGAAUAUGCUGAUCAUAGCGUAGGCGCCAUUAAGCAGCAGCGUCGUUUGGCGACUAACCGCGAGCAUCCCUAUCAGCGAGCAACGGUCGGAGUGCCAGCCAAGCCGGCGGGUUUCAUUGAGAUACAGUAAAUACCAUGCAUAGUGAAUCGAGAAAUGCGAAGCACUAUAACUCAGAAAGUAACACUCUAAAAUCACACCAUAUCGGCGAAAGCAACUUUAUAACUUUUAAUCAAUAAUGUACGAGAAGAAAAGAAACCAAUUAAGAACAACGGAAAUCGAACGAUUGCGUUUGCCUGCCCUUUGAUUGCGUUCGCCAGGCAACCGAUCACUUUAGUUCAAUUAUUUUAAAUUUUUGCUAUUUAUUUUGAUACAAAUUCUGCUCAUAACUGACCAUCCGAACCCCCAAUCCACACUGUAUAUCCGAUGAAACCUGGCCGGAAUCGUUGGCCUGGCCUGUCCGCUCUGCCCUGAUCAGGGUUCUGAAAAAAGAAUUUUCAAGCGCACCGCCUCCACAGGAAACUAAACAAAUGUCCUAAACACACUACCAAUCCGCUCCCACAUCCGCCAUGAACCAUGAAUCCAUCGCCUGCCGUAGAUGAGCACGGAAUCAGAGCAGCAGCAGAAUCCCAGCCAGGCCGAAAGCAGUGCCACGUGUGUGUUGUGAAUGUGCUUAGUUGAAGCUAACAAAACAGCGUAACCAAAAGACAGAUAUCUGAGCCACCACAUGUCACUUACACAACUACUAAAACACUGAACCCCUCCGAACUCCAAACUCUGAACCUAUUUGCCACAUGAGCAGCAGAUGCAGCACAGCAUUCAACACCAGCAGCAUCACAACAUCAACAGCAAAAGCAAAAGCAACAGCAACAGCAAACGAACAGCAGCAACAUCAGUAUGUAUUGAAUCUUGUGGCCAUUAAACUGUUACGUUUUGCCAGCAAACAAAACAAGGCAAUUAAGCAAACGAUUGAUAAGAGAAUCAAACAUAGAGCUUAGUUUAAUUAUCAUAAUCUAAAGGAAAAUACAAGUUAGUUCUUAGUGUAAAAGUUCAACGAACAAAAACAUACUUAAUGCAAGCAUAUACAUAUAUAUAUAUAUAUAUUAAAAUAUAUACAUCCAAAUGCAUAUACAAGUCUGUAUAUAAUAACCCCAAAAUAAGGAAAAUCAUGUUAACGGAAUCUCAUCCAAGAAACUCUACUCAACCAACCAAAACUGUUUUAAUUUUUUUUAAAAAUCUGCACUUUUAACUCAAAUUGCAAAGAUGAAUCUUUACACUUUUCAUUGUAAUCCUUUAAUGGAUUGUGCAAGAAGUCUAUUUAAAUCCAUAUUGUGUCGGAUAUAGACUAUCACCCUUCGAUUAAGCAUAAUCUAUUUUUGUUAAACUGACGCUAAUUCUUGUUAAUGAAGUAUUUUUUGAUUAUGUUAUUGCAUAUCUAUAUUGUAUGUAUAGAUUUCGAACCCCACUUCAAAUCGAUCGUGUGAAAAGUAAGUGGGGGCGAAACAGAAACAACAUAUUAAACACAUUUAACAGCCAUAUUUAGUUAAUGAAACAAGCAUAUAUUAUGAUAAUAGCAGCAAACAUUCAUAAUGUACAACUAAACGCUAAACUUAAAUUAUUUUUAAUAUUUUAAAGCUAAUGUAUUAUAUGCAGAAAUAAACACAAUCUUACUUUUUUAAACGAAUAAUUCUUCUUUGAAAGCGAUUGCCACAACAAAAUUGAAUUCUUUAAUUUAAAAUAAAUAUCACGCCGCCAGUAAUGGCAAAAAUGUAUCUAUUUUAUAAUAGUGAAUGAAAUAAACGAAAUGCAGAAAAAUUAGCACGGAACAAAACUAGAAAGCGAAAGUGAAUUGCAUUUAAUUUAUGGUACAAAGCAACCAACGCAAAGUUGUUGCAAACUUUAUUUUAAAUUAAAGAAUUUGCAUUAAAUUUUGUUGACAAAAGAAAAUCUUAUCAAUAUGUGCCUUAAACAAAUUGUAUAAUUGGCACCAAUCAAAAUGGAAAUUAAAUAUAAAACAAAAUGAAAAGUAUACAGAAACUCUGUUGAAAUUAUUCUGCGAAAUGUGAGACUUAUACUCAGAAACAAAACGAUGUUCAACCACAUGCGAGUUGAUUAAUCUUUUAAUGUUAAUGAACAUAAUCAUAAUGUAUAACUUUUAUUGAUAAUGACGGCAAUCGUGCAAUCGUAGCAAACCUUGCUUAUGAUGAGUUCAGAAUUAAUUUUAACACGAUGAAAAUGUAAUCCUUUCGAUAAUUGAAUAACAGAUAGUAAACGAA